AUCGCGAUCCAGCAUUUUUACUUCGAUCUCGUGGCGUACAAAUUUAUUUCUUCAAUCAUUUUUUUAACAUACGUGCACGUUUUAGUAAAAUCUAAAUAAGCAAGCUUCGACCUAUAUCGCAGACGAACUGUAGACGCGUAUACGAUAAAGUGAAGCAUCAGAGGAAAUAUCGAUUGAUAUAUUGAUAACAACGCUGACCCCGACUGACCGGUCCAGGCGUGAUAGCAGGCGCGGAACGAGAGUCAUUGAUCGCGUGUUUUACUUUCGAUUUCGUAAUUCUCUUCUACUCUGAGUAAACUGCGCGUAUUAUUCGACUGCUUGCGUCAGAUUUGUCACACGCAUAUGUUGUUUCGUAAAACGCAGUGAUUUUCGAAAACCACCACAACUAAAGUCAAAGUAGGUUUUUAUGAGUUAGAACAGUGUAUUUUUAUUUUUAUUUUUAUUUUUUUUCAAAAAUCGCCCCAGCCUUUGGGCUGAAAAAACAAGUAGGUAAAUGGAUGUUGAGACACAAGAGGCUUGAAGAGUUUCGACACUUAUAAUAUUUUUUAUUAUAUUGAAAUCGUAUAUAUAAUGAAGGGUUGAAGAUUCGAAAACAAAACACAUCGCGGAUCGAGAGCUUUUGCAUAAGUUUCAUUUUGCGUACAAACCGAACCGAAGUUCACGAAUUGAGAACUAGACAAAAAUCUGUUCAAAAAGUGACCGGCGCUCUCGCGAAAUAAAAGGCACAUGCGCGCAAACAUCUGCGGCUCGUGUGCCCAGUUACACACGGGAUUACUUCAGAGUAAACUUGCACGAUUCGUUUGAUUGAUAAACUUUGCGCGAUCCUUCAGAAAUCAUUGCGGAACCGGUACGUCGAUCUCUUACAGAGGAAGAAGAUCGCGUCUUGUUUUGUGCGAGCGAUUGUGCAACAGAACUACACGUGAUCCACGCGCACGGAUCCCCCGCAGAUUGCGAUGGUUAUAUACGAGAGAAUGGGCAGAUAUCUGACGCUUUUAAACCGGCGCGGUUUUCAAUUGGCGGAAGAGCUGCUCGGCGCUCAGCGCCAACGUAACUUUGCCGAUCGCACGAGCGUCUUGCAAUCAUUCGACGACCGGUUUCAUCGAAGAAACGUGCGACGAUUUUCGACACUGCCUGACGUGCGGGAAGACAACAUGGAGCUACUUAACAAGAACAUUUGGGAAACCGAUCCCGAGCUGUUUGACUUGAUGCAAAAAGAGAAGAAACGGCAAAAGUGCGGAUUGGAGCUGAUCGCCAGUGAGAAUUUCACAUCUGUCAGUGUGCUGCAAUGUUUGAGUUCAAGUUUGCACAAUAAAUACAGUGAGGGAUUACCUGGCCAGAGGUAUUACGGUGGGAACGAAUAUAUUGAUGAAAUAGAAAGAUUGGCGCAGAAACGCGCCUUGGAAGCUUUCAAUCUUGAUCCUGAGAAAUGGGGCUGCAACGUGCAGCCUUACUCGGGCAGUCCGGCGAAUUUUGCGGUUUACACAGGUCUGUGCGAACCUCACGGACGUAUAAUGGGUCUGGACUUACCCGACGGCGGUCAUCUCACUCACGGUUUCUUCACGGCAACCAAGAAGAUAUCCGCCACAUCCAUCUUCUUCGAGUCGAUGCCCUACAAAGUCGAUCCCAACACUGGUUUGAUCAAUUACGACGACCUCGCCAAAAACGCAAAAUUGUUCAAACCGAAGAUCAUCAUCGCCGGAGUGUCUUGCUACUCCAGAUGUCUGGAUUACAAGCGUUUCCGCGAGAUCGCCGAUGAGAACAACGCUUACCUCUUCAGCGACAUGGCUCACAUAUCCGGAUUAGUCGCUGCCGGAGUGAUACCGAGUCCCUUCGAGUACAGCGACGUUGUCUCGACGACUACGCAUAAAACUUUGAGAGGCCCGCGCGCUGGUGUCAUCUUCUUUCGAAAAGGCAUCCGUAGUGUGAAAAAUGGCAAGGAAGUCAUGUAUGACAUAGAGGACAGAAUCAAUCAUGCGGUUUUUCCGGGUCUUCAAGGAGGGCCUCACAAUCACGCCAUCGCUGGUAUAGCAACCGCCAUGAAACAAGUCAAAACAAAAGAAUUUGUCGAGUAUCAGAAACAAAUAGUGAAAAACGCCAAGAGGUUAUGCGCGAGUCUGGAAAAGUGCGGUUACAAAGUCUGCACCGACGGUACGGAUGUCCACAUAGUGUUGGUAGACUUGCGCAAGGCUGGUAUUAGCGGCGCGAAAGCAGAAAAGAUUCUCGAAGCGGUUAAUAUUGCCUGCAACAAGAAUUGCGUUCCCGGAGACAAAAGUGCAUUGAAUCCCAGCGGUAUUAGAUUAGGAACUCCUGCGCUCACUACUCGUGGCCUGGUCGAAGAGGACAUAGAUACAGUCGUAGAUUUUAUAUCCAGAGGAUUGUCGAUUGGCAAGGAAAUUACUGUUUUGUCGGGACCGAAGUUAGUUGACUUCGAGAGAGUGUUGAAAACUGAUAAAAAUAUUAUAAGCAAAAUUACAGCUCUGAGGAAGGAAGUAGAAGACUUCGCCAGCCAAUUCUCACUUCCUGGUAUAGAAUCCUAUUGAUAUUGCAACUCGGAAUAAAUUUGCAAUUUAAUUGCGCUAUGUAAAACUUUUCCAAAGCGUUUAAACAUAUUUUUCUACGUUUAGAUAAUAUUGUAUAUAUACAAAUAUUCCAUUUCACUGUAAUGUAAAAUAUUGCGUUAUUGGAAGUUUAUACAGACACAUUUGUGUUAUAAAAUAGAGCGCAAAUAGAAAUUGUAUUGUAAGAUAUAAUGCAAAUAUUUUUGUACGUCAUUUUAA